AUGGCCAGCUACGGAAAGGGCGACAAGGGCGACGUCGGCGAGGGCCCCAAGAUCCACAAGAUCCGCAUCACCCUGACCUCGCGCAACGUCAAGUCGCUCGAGAAGGUGUGCCAGGAGCUGAUCGAGCGCGCGAAGACCAAGGACCUCCGUGUCAAGGGCCCCGUCCGCCUCCCGACCAAGAACCUUAAGGUCACCACCCGCAAAACUCCCUGCGGUGAGGGCUCGAAGACUUGGGAUACGUACGAGAUGAGGAUCCACAAGCGGCUGAUUGAUCUGAACGCUCCUACCGAAGUCGUCAAGCAGAUCAUUAUCAACAUCGAGGCGGGCGUCGAGGUCGAGGUCACCAUUGCGGCUUAA